AUGCCCCAACCGCCAAAGCCUUUCCGUUCCCAAAUAAUGGUGCUCCUCCCGCCCCCGCCGUUAUCCCCUUCCGCCAAUUUCUCCAGUCACCCCCAACGCCACCUGCGGCGGACUAUUCUCCCCCGCCGACUUCUUGCCACGCCGGCAGCGUCCUCCCGUGAGGUGGACUACUUCACGCAGUCCUCCGGUUAUCUAUUUGAGCUGAGCUCUUCCGAAGCCGAAUCACUGACCGAGUACAACGUAUCAAAAAUCGCGGUAAUAUAUCAGAAGAGGCCUUUGAUUCUUUUCCGCCGACUGUUUCAAACCGCCGCCACUCUCGGCAAGUGGUUCGCCCUGCGGUACUACGACAGUCUCGCCGAGCAGGUUGAUACUAUGUUCGAGGUCAGAAUUUCACCAUUUUUCCGUUAUGGAGUGUUGAUGCCCGUUUCUAAUGUUGUUUUGAAAGUGUGUGUUGCAAAAUUUGGCACAUCAGUAUCCUUGGGACUUGGAGGUCUUAGCACGACUUGCUCUGGGAGUGUUGAUGUUCAUCUGGAAAUUGGUGGUUGUUGUUUUUUGGUUAGAGCUGCUCAAUUGAGAAAGAUACUAGUGCAACUUGGUCCGGCCUACAUUAAGAUAGCUCAGGCUAUUUCAUCUAGACCCGAUUUGAUACCACCGUCAUACUUGGAUGAGCUUUCCCUUUUGCAAGAUCGAAUUGCACCUUUUUCCACAGAGGUUGCCUUUGAUAUAAUAGAGCAAGAACUUGGAUUACCAAUAGCUGCAUUGUUCUCGGAAAUCUCACCUGAGCCUGUGGCAGCUGCAUCACUUGGACAGGCAUGUCUUGCUGUUUACGUUUAUCAAGCUAGGCUUCGCUCCAGUGGUAAGGUCGUUGCUAUUAAAGUUCAGAGGCCUGGUGUCAGAGCUGCAAUCUCGUUGGACAUACUAAUCUUGCGGUACCUGGCAGGGGUUAUAAGAAGUGCAGGAAAAUUUAAUACUGACCUUCAGGAGAUGGAUUACAAGAUAGAAGCAGAAAAUGGAGUUAAGUUUAGACAGUUAUAUGGUAACAUACAAGAUGUUGUUGUUCCUGAAAUGUAUGUUGAGCAAACAACUCGGAAGGUCCUUACGAUGCAGUGGGUUGAGGGUCAGAAGCUGGCUGAGGUUAAAGACCUGUACAUGAUUGAGGUGGGAGUUUAUUGUUCAUUCAAUCAACUUCUAGAGUAUGGGUUCUAUCAUGCUGAUCCCCAUCCUGGAAACCUUCUUCGCACAUAUGAUGGGAAACUAGCCUACUUAGACUUUGGCAUGAUGGGUGAAUUCAAACAAGAGCUUCGUGAUGGCUUCAUAGAAGCUUGUCUCCAUCUUGUAAAUCGUGAUUAUGAUUCACUGGCAGAAGACUUUGUAACUCUUGGGUUUCUUCCUCUAACAGCUGAUAAGGAUGCAGUCACAGAGGCAUUGACAGGUGUCUUCCGCAAUGCCGUUUCCAAAGGGGUUCGCAAUAUAAGCUUUGAGGAUCUUCUUGGGAAUCUUGGAACGACCAUUCUUGCUGUUUUGGAAGGCAUUGCCAUCACCUUCAACCCGGAGUACAAGGUUUUGGGUAAUACCUACCCUUGGAUAGCCAGAAAAGUGCUGACUGGUGGCUCGCCAAAGCUAAAAUCAUCUUUGCAAGCUCUUCUGUACGAGGAUGGAGUAUUCCGGAUUGAUCGAUUAGAGUCUCUCCUAACAGAGACUUCCCUUGAGCAGUCCCUACGUGCCAAGAUGGAGAGAGCAUCAGUUAAAGAGAAGGUAGAAGACGAGUCUAAGAUGGUUACCAAACAAAUUCUAUCUUUCGCUUUGGAUGAGAAGGGUGCAUUUGUGAGAGAAAUACUUCUUGAGGAAUUUUCUAAGGGGUUGGAUGCACUUGGACUUGCGACCUUGGACUCAAUAACAUCUGCCAUAACUGGAAACUUACCCUUCAGACCAUAUCCUGCUUCCUCUUUAACCGAUGAAGACAUCACCAAUCUGAGAACACUGCAAAGGCUCAUGCAAUUACUCUCAGGUCUUCAACACACUGAAACUCCUGGGGAAGUCAAAGGAGUCAACCUGUAUGACAGUCGAAAUCCAUCUUCAAGUGAAGCUGGACUGCUCCCUUAUGGAAUAGUAUCUGGGCAAGAAAUGUUACCACUUCUAUCUCUUAUUGCUGAGCUCCCACAAGAUUCGAAAUAUCAAUUGUUGAGAUUGCCAGCUGAUCUAGCAGGAAAACUAGUUUCUCGUGCAGCUGCCAGGACAAUAAGGCGGGCUAUCGUGUGAAAACACCCAAAACUCCUAUGAUCACCUAUUAAAGAGUCAAUCAAGAACAAGUUUUAAAUACUAAUAAGGAGGUACUUAGCAUACAAGUUUGAAAGAAUACUCAACAUCUAUGUUGGAAUUUAUACUUUAUGGAAUCUACCUAAUCCAAUAAACGCACCUAUAAUUUUAUUAUUUCAAUUCCUAUUCCAACCCUUUUAGACUAAAAACAAUUUUUUUUUCAAGUGAGUAUUGUCUUAGUAAGACAUUUUAUGAAGCGUGUUCGACAGUAAUUUUAUUACAAUUUUUAACCAGUUAGCUACGAGAAAGCAUACAGUAUGGAAUAGAGGAGCAAUCAUGGAUUUCAAUUUUCAUACAAUGAUUCUUCUUCGUUAUGUACAUACGAGAAAGCGUACAGUAUGAAAUAGAGGAGCAAUCAUGGAUUUUAAUUUUCAUAUAAUAAUUUUUCUUCGUUAUGUACAUAGCAUUCAACAGUAACUAAAAUGGAAGAAGAAUUUAGGCAAACUUCCAAUUUU